CGAGAGAGCUAUAAAUGAUGCACAUAAUAAAAGUUCAACUAAUUGUGUGGUGUACUCCAAGUAAUACGUUAGUGUUGCACGAUUUUUAAAUAACAUUUUAAUCGUCAAUAAACUUCAACGCUAUCCAUUUAUUGAAAUGGACAACAAAAUUAAAAGUACAAACGGAAUAUUAAUUUUGGAAAAUGAAACCCCAGAAGAGGUAGCUAAGGCUAUGAUUGAGAGCGGACAACAGAAGGAGCCAUUUUACAUUUUCGAUAUAGAUGAAGCGUACGGCCGUGUACAGCAUUUUAAAAAAAUGUUACCUAGAGUACAAAUAUUUUACGCUAUGAAGUCAAAUGACAAUGAGAGAAUGGUAAAAUUGGCUGCUACCUUAGGCUUAGGAUUCGACUGUGCGUCUCCUGGAGAAAUAAACAAAAUACUCAAGCUCAACGUAUCACCAUUGAGCAUAAUAUUCGCAGUAACGUCAAAAUCUCCAUAUUGGAUGACCUAUGCUCGGAGUUCGGGCGUUCGUCACACAACAUUUGAUAGUUCCUGUGAGCUGAAGAAAAUAAAACAGUACUGGCCAGACGCUAGGUUACUAAUUCGAAUAAGAGUCGAUGGAGAAAGUAUAUAUAAGUUAGGUGACAAGUUUGGUUGCGAUUUUGAAACGGAGGCAAUUGAUCUUUUAGAAGAAGCAGCGGCAUUGAAUUUAAAGGUGGUGGGAGUAGCGUUCCACGUUGGAAGUGGGUGUUUUUCGAUAGAAAGUCACAUGGUUGGACUACGACGAACUAGAACGUUAUUUGACCAUGAGGCCAAAGCCGGCAGGAAAAUGAACAUCGUAAAUAUAGGAGGAGGAUUUUUGAGUGACAAAACCGAUAGCAUUGAUCAGGUCUCAAAACUGAUAAAUAGCACUUUAGAAGAACUAUUUCCGGAUCCCACUAUACAAGUCAUUGCAGAACCAGGAAGAUAUCUUUGUGAUUCAUCCAGCAGUAUGUACUGUAGUAUCAAUAAUGUGCGAAAGGUCACAAAAGGAGAUGAGACUGUAAAUAUGAUUUACCUUAAUGAUGGAAUAUUUGGCUCUUUAAAAUACAACGAACCUUGGCAUACGGUGAAGCUAUUUGAACGACGUGCAGAAAUUAAAGAUGAUGUGCCUGUGAAAACCAUCCUCUGGGGACCAAGCUGUCACACUCACGACCGAAUUAUGACCAACGUGGACGUCUUCCUACCUCAGUGUACGCCUUUUGAUUGGCUUAUAUUUCCGAGAAGAGGAGCAUACGCUUUAGCCUUUGCCAGCUCCUUUUCUAGCAUACAAACCCCAUUGGUCCGUUCGGUGAUUUCUCAAGAAUUAUGGAAAAAAAUAAAAGAUAGUGAGCAAUUUAAAUCUGAAGAAUUUGUAAGAACUGACAUUUCAUCACCACUUCCUUCAACAUUACCGCCAAUACAGAAUAAUACUAGUUCAAAUAGACCUAAUUACACUCUAAAGGCAUAAUAUUAUUCGCAAAAUUUACUAAAUAAAGUAAGUUUUUAAAUAAAUUAAAUUAUCACACAAAUAAAUUAAAGUAUAAAAGAAAAAAUACUUAGAUAAGGUGGAAAGGUUUAAUAUACAGCUUUUUGCUUUUUUUGAUUAAAGCCUUUGUAUAUAUGUUGCUAUAUUAAUGUAAACAGUACAUUAUCCAAAAUAUAUAACUUUUCACCAUA